UCUAAACUUCAAACUACAGGCUCUCCUAAAAAUUUCUUCACUAUUCUCUACUCUACUAGUCUACUCAACUCUACUCAUCAUCUUCUGAGUCAAUCAAUUUUCUCAUUUCAAAUUAACCCUGAAUUUUUGAGAGAAGAAUUUAGCAAAAAUGGCGGAAGAAUUUUCACUGGACUUGGAAGAGCUUCACAACUUAGAAAAGUUGUCAAAAGAAAAAGCUUCUUCUUCAGCUCCCCAGCAUCAUACUCCAAUUCCUGUGGCGACGACAAAGGUGCCUUACUCUCCAACACAGACUUAUUCUACUCUUUCAUCUUUCAGCUGGGGACAGGACUAUGAUAAAGUAAAGAUACAUCUGUCUCUAAAGGGAGUGCAAGAAGAAAAGAUGGAGAAAAACAUAAACCCAAAUUCUAUUGAGUUCAAGUUUCAUGAUGUUCAGGGGAAAAAUUAUCAAUUUGCCAUACCCAAAUUGAGUAAAGAUAUUGUUUCAGACCAAACCAAGGUCAAAGUCAAGCCCACAAGGGUAAUUGUACAUUUGGUCAAAGCUUCGAAAGGGAAAUGGCAAGAUCUGCAUUACAAAGAGGACAAGCUGAAGCCAAAUCUAGACAAGGAAAAGGAUCCUAUGGCUGGCAUAAUGGAUCUGAUGAAUGAUAUGUAUGAGGAAGGGGAUGAGGAAAUGAAGAAAACCAUUGCUAAAGCUUGGACUGAUGCAAGAUCCGGGAAGACUGCCGAUUCUCUGAAGGGAUACCGUUGAAGAUCUGUAGGCUAUCAGAAAGUGCAUAGGCAUCAGUUAGGGGAUUCUGAUCCAUUUUUGUCACAGUAUCUGGGAUUUUACUUGCAUAAAUUUCUAAAUUGCAUCCUUGGGCUCUUAGCUUAGACAUACUCUGCUUUCUGGCUGUCUUUGACCUUGUUGAGGGGUUUGAAUGGAACUGGGGUAGGGAUUCUGCGUUGUAUCUAGGCUACUUUCAUAAUGCUUCUUUGCCAUUUCGUUCAAUAUGUUUGUUUGAAAGGUUUGAAACUUUGAAAUGUCUUUCUCAACUUGCUCCUUAUUCACCACA